CAUUAUUUCGGGAACGCUUUUUUCUUGUGCUGUGCAAUCCCAACACAGUGUGCUUAAUAUAGGUAGUGAGGUCAAUUAACCCUCCAAGGAUCUAAUAUUGAGGAUCGUGUCCCUACUGUGAUCAAGGGCUGUUGACGAUUGACCUCCCGUCUCUUCGUCCCUUCGGGUUGGUUUUGGCUUCUUCGGUAGUUUCCAAUUCACUUGAACAACGUCCAUCAUGAGCACCGACGACAUUGUGUUCGACGAUGAUGGCGUGAUGGAUUCGAUCUCAACCUUUCUAUACCCCGCGUCGAGAUUGGCUCUCGCAGGUCUCACCGUUUGGUUUUCGGCGGCCGGGUCCAAGUGAGUAGAGGUCGUGUUCGAGACUUUUUGCGUAGUUCUCUAGCGUUUGGGAGGAACCAAAGAAUUCGAUGUGCCCUGCCCGUCCGAAAAGAAAUAGGAUUGCGACCGACGUGCAUUGUAUUGUUUCUAUUCGACAAGUUUCAGAUGGAUUCAGUAUGUCCUAGUUUAAGGAGGACACCGAACUCGAAUCGAACCCAGGUGCAAACUGGUCAUUGUUGCCCACUCUUGUCAUCUUCGCUGCUCUAAUUUCCAAUUUUACUGCACUUUUUUGUAUCGAUAACAGGGAUGCUCGGUACUUCUCUGGAGUCCUGAAUGGACUCCUUUCUGGAUUUCUUAUUUACGUUUUCCUAGAACCGCUUUUCUUCCCUGUCGGGUUGAAUCUUGCAGUGGUUGUCUUGUGGAUCCUAGCCAUCAUGGCAUCCUUUGUAGGAAUGUCGUUGGGAGUUUUGCUUCCAACCCUCUUUCCGGGACUUUGCCUAGGGGUUAAUAUUGCCUUGUUGGUCGGAACUUUCUUGCAUGGAUUUUCGAUCAGUAGCCCUUUGUUCUUUCCGAUCGCCGGAGGUGUGGCGGCACUAAUCGGAGCCCUUUUGUCUGUGCGGUAAGUUUAGAAUACAAUGCAGUUGUGCAUUUUGUCGUUUCUCUUCCAAGAGGCGUUUCAAUCAUUUUAGUCAUAUUUGAUCCUUAUCAUUCGAAUUUUUGUGAUCAAAUGACAAAGUUGGAAUGCCAAAUUCAUUGUCACGUGUACAACAAUACUCGAGAUCGGAGCCGUCGCGGCGUCACUAGUGCUUCAAUCUUCACUGCGAUUCAUUAUGGACGUCACCAGAGGAUAUCCUUUUUAUCCCGAGGGAGUGAACGGUGCUGUUCCUGUUCCUGAAGAUAGAACUGGCAUCAUGUUUGGACUUGUUUGGUUGGCUGGAUCGCUUCUUGUAGCCAGUGCCAUCGCUUACCGCGACGGUGACUUUGACCGUUUGAGUCUUGGUAGUACCUCCAGUAAAAACGCCAGCGGUUAUCAAGCGGUCCCCACGAAUGGAUCGUCACCGAAAGGCAAGCCGAAGCCUAUGCCUCGUCGGGACCCACCACCGGUUCCUGACGCAUUCAACAUGUUCGAUCCAGCUGAUCUUCCACCUCGUCUUGCAGAGUAUGCCAACAUGGUAUACUCAGCAUGCGAAGAUCUUGGGAACUUUUUUGGAUUUCAAGAUUCCUCGGUUCGCAAUCAAGCCGAGCAUUUACUCAUUCUUCUCAGUAACAAUCGAAGGUAUAUGAGCAGCCAUAUUUUGCCUCCAUCGGUUCAACCUCCAAGUCCCAUUCAUGCUUUGCACGCCAAGGUCUUUUCAAACUACGUGAAGUGGUGCCGUGCAAUGGGAGUUCCUCCACAUUUCUCCAAGAUGAAUACUUCGAUGUCGGCACCUCCGGCAGUAGCGAGUCGUGUUGUAGAUCUAGUUCUCUACUUUUGCAUCUGGGGAGAAGGAUGCAAUCUCCGUCACAUGGCAGAAUGCGUUUGGUUUCUUUAUCACAAAAUGAUGGAGGAAUACAUCAGGAGUGAAGGAUUCACGCAAACCAGGAGUUUGUACGCAGGGCAUUUCCUGGACAACGUUGUGGAGCCAAUUUACGGAGUUUUGGCCAAGGUGAGUACAGUUUCGGUAUAAUCCAACUUAUGUUUGGAUUCAAAAGAUUUUAAUCUCCUUUAAUUCUCCUCUCACUCUAUUCUUUUCUUUCAUCGUCCAUGAAGAGUUCAAAAUCAAAAUCGGAUCACUUCGAGAAAAAAAAUUACGACGAUUUCAACGAGUUUUUCUGGUCACGAAACUGUCUGCGAUUUCAUUAUUCUGAUGAUGACUCCACAUCUCUUUACGACGUAGAAGGGACGAACUUUGUUGGUGCAUUGCCGGGUGAGUCCUUGCCACCUCUCUCGGAAGGAUUGGACAAUGCACCCAAAACAUUCUUGGAAAAGCGAUCCUGGCUGCGAGGUAUUUUGGCGUUGAACCGAAUUUUGGAAUGGCAUAUUGUCACGUUCUACCUACUUUCCGUGGUAGCCUUCUCUCGUGAACUUGUUUGGGGAUGGGUGUAUUCGGUACAGCUUGCAAGUGGUGUCUUUUGGAUCUUCAAUUUCCUUUUCUUGUUCUGGCAGUUGCUUGAGGUUUGGGGUACUUAUCCAGGCAUCCAGCUUUCUGCAACCGAGGUCUGCGGAUCUGUAUUGAUCAUGGCUGGACGUCUUUUGACGUUGGUAUACCAAAGUCUUUACCUUAUGUGGGCCUUUUCUCCUCAGCAAGGGGUCUACAUGGGCAUCGAACAAGAUACAACCUUUUGGUGGUGGCAAUAUAUUUGGCUUUCAUUGCUGGUCAUGACUCCUUACGCCUUGGAAUUGAUUCCACAAAUUUAUCCAUCACUUGCUACUAAGAUUCUGACCAGCCAAAACGAUUAUGUUCAGUCCUUUUUGAACAUUUUGUAUCCAUCUAGCAGGCUGUACGUUGGAAAGGAGGUUCACGAAUCAUUCGGGCACACUGUAGUUUAUCUAUUCUUCUGGAUAACUCUCAUGGCGUGGAAGCUCUGCUUUUCAUAUGUUUUUGAAGUAUACACAAUGGUGAAGCCAUCUGUUCAGUUGACCGACGACUACGUUAAUUAUCCGAAUCAGAGCUUCGCGAAAAUGAUGUUCCUUUUGAUUUUGAGAUGGCUUCCCCAGUUCAUUGUUUAUCUUAUUGACAUGAGUAUUUGGUAUGCUGCAUGGCAAGCAUUCGCAGGAACUGCAGUAGGUUUUUCGGAUAACCUCGGUGACAUUCGUUCUUUAGACGACAUCCGAAACAACUUCGGUCGUGCACCUGAACUUUUCUGUAAGAAAAUGCUAUCACCUGAUGCUGGUAGCCGCAGAGGCUCAUCGGCGAGCUUCCUUGGAACCUCUCAAAACAGUCUUGGUGAAUCAUCAUCAUUGCUUGGAUCAAACACUCAGCGAUUACAGAGCUAUGUCAAUAGGUUGCUGGACGUGCGCAUUCAGAAAUGGGUUAUGUUUAGUGCUGCUUGGAAUGAAAUCAUUGACUAUUUCCGAGAAGAGGACAUCGUGUCGAACGCGGAAAUGGACAACUUGAAAUUUAGCCAAUUCGAUGGUUUCAGUCAGGCGAUUUAUCUGCCUGUAUUCCAAACUGCUGGAGCUAUUGAUGAUGUUCUCUCCGAGUUGGAAAGACCUGCUGAAGAGUACACCGAUAUUAAAAAUGGUCAAUACACUGAUGAAACGUAUUUCAAACCCAUCAGCGAACACAUCACGAUGCAAACGGCCGUUUCAGAAGUGUGGGAGCUUGGAGCCUUUUUGGUAAAGCAAACUUUUGGACCUAUCCACAGUGCUGAUAUCGAUGCAGUUGGUGGUAUCAUUCAAAGCUGGGCUGAAGAUGGUAUUCUUUCUAGUAAACUCGAACUUCAAAAGACUCGUGGUGCAAUGAAGAGCUUAAUUGAAUCCAUCAAACUCCUUGAAAAGGGUAUGAAGAGGAGAAAGCCUGCCUCGAAGCCAAGAUCGAACUACAAGAAGACCCAAGGUACUAAAAGAGGCGGUGGUUUGCGUCGAGCAGUAAGCGCUGGAUCGCUUGGAACAUUGGAUGUGAGUGAAUCCAAUCCUAGCAAGGACCCUUUUGGCCUGGCACAAUAUGCUGAGGAAGUUCAACCCGAAAAAAAAAUUGUCGAUGCUGUCAGAGAUCAAGUCCGGGACAAACUACGCAACUUUAUCAUGUCCGUGAAGUCAAUGUUCAAAUCCAAAUCGGGUGAUCCUGAAAGUAGAGAUAUCUUAGAUCGACUGACAUUUCUUUUAAGCAUGGAAAACGGUUUUUUCUGGGAUGAUGCCUAUGCAUCGGACAUGCUUGACGAUGUCAGCAAAAACUCAAACUUCAAGGAUGUACUGAAGAAGUUACAUGGAUUACUCUGCAUGCACCCUGACGACGUUGAACCGAAAUCGAAAGAAGUGGUGCGGCGCCUCACCUUCUUUACUAAUUCUCUGUUCAUGGACAUGCCUGAUGCUCCAUCAAUCCAUGACAUGUUUUCUUGGAAUGUGUUGACUCCGUACUAUUCUGAGACAGUCACAUACAGCAAAGGAGACCUCGAAUCUCGCUCUGACGCUCUUGGAGUGUCUACGAUGCUGUAUCUCCAAACUCUUUAUCGAGAGGAGUGGACGAAUUAUUUGGAACGAACCGGAAUUCAGGACGAAGAGAAGUUGUGGACAAAGAAGCACGCAGAAGAUACAAGACGUUGGGCUAGUAUUCGUGCUCAAACAUUGAGCAGGACGGUUAAUGGUAUGAUGUACUAUGAAAAGGCUUUAAGACUUCUAGCCAACAUGGAACGCCUAGAUGAGGACACCACGAAUGAUCUCAUUGGCGAGAAAUUUGGAUAUGUUGUUUCGUGUCAGGUUUAUGGAAAUAUGAAGCGAAAUCAAGACUCGAAGGCCGAUGAUAUCGAUGCACUCAUGCAUAGACAUCUUCACCUGAGAAUUGCUUACAUUGACACAGUUCGUCUCAACAGGGAUGGUGCAGCUCUUUUCUAUUCUGUCUUAGUCAAGAGUGACGGGAAAGGCAAUAUUGUCGAGGUUUACAGAGUCCGUCUCCCUGGAAACCCUGUCAUUGGAGAAGGAAAACCAGAGAAUCAAAAUCACGCCAUGAUCUUUACCCGUGGUGAAUUUCUUCAAACCAUUGAUAUGAAUCAGGAAGGCUACUUCGAGGAGGCCCUGAAGAUGAGAAAUUGUUUGCAAGAAUUUGCGAAGCGCGAAGGACCAUUGCCAACUACUAUUCUUGGAUUGCGAGAACACAUUUUUACUGGCAGUGUCAGUUCUCUUGCAAACUACAUGGCUUUGCAAGAGAUUUCGUUCGUAACUCUAGGUCAAAGGGUGUUGACAAGACCCCUUCACAUUCGUCUGCAUUAUGGCCAUCCUGAUGUCUUCGAUAAACUGUUCUUCAUUACUAGAGGAGGUGUCAGCAAAUCGUCUAAAGGAAUCAACCUCUCUGAAGAUAUCUUUGCUGGGUACAACAAUGUAGUACGAGGGGGAUCUGUGGGCUUUAAGGAAUAUCUGCAAGUCGGAAAAGGACGUGAUGUAGGAAUGAGCCAGAUUUACAAAUUCGAAGCGAAGUUGAGUCAAGGAGCUGGGGAGCAGAGUCUAUCUCGUGACGUUUAUCGAAUGUGUCAUCGCUUGGAUUUCUGCCGACUCCUUUCUUUUUACUAUGGAGGGAUUGGUCACUACUUUUCAAACGUGCUGACCGUUCUUACGGUUUACAUCGUUGUAUACCUUACUGCCGUCCUCGCGAUUUUCGGGUAUGAGAAAAUUGGAGAUCGAACUAUUACACCGAUGGGAACAAUCCAAAUGAUGCUUGGCGGACUUGGUUUACUACAGACCAUUCCUCUCUUUGCUACUCUAGGAGUCGAGAGGGGUUGGCUUUCAAGUGCGCAAGAGAUCCUUACUGUUUUCCUUACUGGCGGACCGUUGCAUUUCAUGUUCCAUAUCCAAACGAAGGCAUUUUACAUGACGCAAACUAUUUUAGUCGGAGGGGCCAAGUACAGGCCAACAGGUCGUGGUUUUGUGACACAACACACCCCCAUGGACGAACAGUAUCGGUUUUUUGCAGCCAGUCACUUGUAUCUGGGUGUUGAGCUCGCUGCGGGGCUUAUUGUGAUGGGUAUUUUCACUGAUGCUGGUCAAUACUUUGGGCGAACUUGGUCUCUCUGGCUAGCAUCGAUUUCAUUCCUUGCCAGUCCUUUCUGGUUCAACCCUCUAACGUUCGAGUGGAACACAGUCGUGACGGAUUAUGGUCUCUGGGUCCGAUGGAUUAAAGGAACGUCUGGAGGAUCAACCAAGAGCUGGUCGAUGUGGUACAACGAAGAAAAUGCGUACUACAAGGGUUUGCCUUUUUCCACGAAAUGCAUCUUUAUUGUGAAGGCUGCAAUUUUUUACCUGAUGGCUGAUGGUAUCUGGAGAUCGGAUCUGUUCCGAUCAGAUAUUUCGCUUGCUAAUCCUGCUCUCCGAGCCAGUGAUUUGCUGAUCAUUCUAGCAUGUCUCAUUAUUUUGAGUCGUGUUGUGUCGGCAAACGAACGUUCGAUGCCCUACCCAGUUCGCCGAACGCUUGGAAUUCUUGUAGCUGUUGGUAUUGUGGUGACGAUUAUGGCUCUUUUCAUUGAAGAUUCGAAUUAUCUACGAUAUGCCCUUGCGGGAUACUAUGGAGCAGGAGCUGUAUGCAUGAUCGGACUCCUUUAUGGUUUCAAGUUUGUGAAGGUGUUCUACCUCAUUCACGAUGUUGUAUGCGCACACAUUAUUUUCGUCCCGCUAUUUAUUUUGGGAGCCCUUCAACUUCCGAGCAUGAUCCAGACCUGGCUUCUGUACCAUAACGCUCUUUCAACAAAUGUUGUCGUGAGUGAUAUUCUGAAGUAUGCAAGGAAAUCCAAAGACUCGGGCGGUACCGGAGGAGCAAAUGAAGAACUUAUUGAUCAAGUUAACGAACUGAAGAAGGUAAUUCACAAACAAGAGAAGUUGUUGGAAAGCAUGGGUCUCGUACAAAGUGAUGCUGCACCUUCUCCUCCUAUGCAAACUCCAGCUACGCACGAAUACUCCCAGCCACGUCAACAGACGACCACGACCACGACCACAGUGAAUCCUAGAUCACAGUUUGUCAAAGCUAAGUCUAUGACCGGAAUGGAGGUAUGGGGAGAAAUGGCACUCGGAGAGGGUCUUUCAGGUGAAUCUCUGGCAGCGCAGGUGUCACGACCAACGCAGGGUAGACAAUCCCAAUCGGAUGAUUUCCAUUUCAGUCCUCAUCCCGAUACCAUGCCACCUCGGUAAAUCAUGUUUGGCGUGUACAUCUCUAGAUCUCCUAUCAUUUCGCACUGCUACUUUCAUUCGAAAUAUCUAUUUCCAUAUUCCCCACAAUCUUUCAUCUUCAUUAGGCUGCAGAAUGCAAGCACAUUUUGUCACGAAGUGAAAGAAUCAUAUUCGUUUCACAAGAUCAAUUCACUUGUCUCUAGUUAAAACAAAUAAUGUUAAAUAAAUAACGCAUUCAUGUUGCUAAACCCAAUAGUGUUUUCAAAAUGUACGGUAUUGAGCAAGAGUGAAAGUAAUUUUUUACAUUGAGACAACCAUUAAUUCAUUGGGAAUCUCUACAAGGUUCUCGUUGUUUGAACAAGCAGUCAUGAUUCCAGAUGGUGAUUGCUGUGGCUGCACAACUUAAUUAGCCGAAGCACUGUCUAACGUUCGCGUGGUACUUUAAAAUUGAAUGGCGUCGAUAUGAGUAAUGGAGCCAUCCAACCAAAUCAUUAUCUCUCUAUCUCUUCUCCACCACGAAAGGCGUUCUAAAUUGGUACAAUUGAAGCGGAUGCAUUUGUCUUUGAAAACGAAUCAAAACACAACUAUUUUUUCUUCUUUCCCUUUUUCAGACCGGCAUUCAGCAGGGAAUCCAGAUCGUCCAUGCCACCCCCGGCGCCUUUCUUCUUCUUUUUCUUGGCUGCGGCCUCUUGCUUGGCCUUGGCUGCUGCCUUCUCACCCU